AACGUCAGUGACGAAAAAAUAAAAAGAUCUAAUUUUGGUCACAGUUCAGAGAAAGAAAAAUCAUAGUCACCCACAGAAACCAAAAAAGAAAUCCAACAAAUUUGUUAUUUUUCAAGGAAUUUCCGCUGUAAUCGGUAUGAAAAAUGAUAUACCGCUGCAAGAUGUCACAAACAGGGACUCCAGCGACGACAGCACUUCAGUCAACAAAUUGUACAAAGGUGUUUAUACAACGCGACUACAGCGAAGGAACAUCAGUCAAAUUCCAUACGAGACUUCCCAGUGAAUUGGAGGGUCUUAUUGAACGUCAGAUUUUCGAGUCAACAAUAAAUAGAUUAAAUGAGUUUUUUGCGGAAGCUGAAAAAGGCACUUGCAGCACAUACUGUGAAGGCUGCAUUGGAUGCAUUACAGCUUACUUAGUAUAUAUGUGCUCGGAAACGCAUUACGAGAAGGUCCUGCGUAAAAUAUCAAAAUUUAUUGCUGCCCAAAAUGAACGCAUUUACAAUCCCAAAGGAUUGCAAGUCAUUGACCCAACAUACCGUGGUCUACGAGUUAUAGAGAUUUCCAUACUUGAUCGUCCAGGACGAACGUGACUUCCGCUUUCCCACUCAACAGAGGAAUUUUUCAUGUAACGUUUGUUGGCCAAGCAAACGAUUUUUUCUUUUCUUCUUUCUCUUUUUUGUUUUUUUGUAUACAUCCUUAUUGUUUUCUUUCUUUUUUUUUUUUUUUUUGAGUGUAGACAUUUAAUAGAAAUCAUGUUUCUUAGGUUAUUAAUUAUAAGGCAAACGUUAUAUUAUUUUGACCAUGGAAAACGUGUAGUUAGUCUUAGGACCAAGUCUAAUUUUUUUUUCUAAUCAAUUCAAGCAAAUAACAGUGUUUUCUUUUUGUAGUAAAAAAAUUAAAACAAAAUGUUACGAAUUAUUUAUUUAUAUAA